AUGGCUUCAUCGGAGAUCGAAGUCGUAUCCACGGACUCCAAACCCCAAGACCACCAGCUACCUCCCAUACUAGACGUCUUCACUGCCUCUUCUCAUGGCGACUUUCAGAAAUUGAGAUUUUUCGUUGAACAAGACGCUGCGUCAGUUUCUGUUCCCGAUGUUAAUGGCUAUUAUGCUCUUCAAUGGGCUUCUCUCAAUAACUUCCAUGAAAUUGCUCACUAUCUCAUUCAGCAUGGUGGUGAUGUCAAUGCUAAAGACAACAUGCAACAAACUGCUUUACAUUGGGCAGCAGUUCGUGGUUCAGUUGCAGCUGCUGAUGUGCUCUUGGAGAAUGGUGCUCGGGUUGAAGCUGCUGAUAUCAAUGGAUACCGGGCAGUUCAUGUUGCUGCACAGUAUGGACAAACAGCUUUCUUAAAUCACGUUGUUGUAAAAUACCAUGCUGAUUUUGAUGUGCCCGAUAAUGAUGGAAGGAGCCCUCUACAUUGGGCUGCAUAUAAGGGAUAUGCUGAUACAAUAAGAUUGCUUCUAUUUAGAGAUGCGAGUCAAGGAAGACAAGAUAAAGAUGGUUGUACCCCGUUGCAUUGGGCAGCAUUGAGAGGACAUUCAGAGGCGUGUGCUGUGCUUGUGCAUGCUGGAACAAAGGAAGAAUUGAUGGUGAAGGACAAUGCAGGAUUCACUCCUGUACAACUUGCAUAUGAUAAAGGUCAUCGACAUGUCGCCCCUUUCCUUUCUAAUCAACAACAGGCUCAUAGUAGUCACUGGAGAGGGAAGCUUUAUUGUGGGAUGGUGACAGAUAUUGGUUAUGCUCCUAUUUUACUGUGUAUUAUAGUUUCUCUCUCGAUCCUCUUCAUCAAUUCAGUUGUUGCAGCUCCUAACCUUAAAAAGAUUACAGCUGUUGUUGGAUUUUGGUCAUGGAUAGCUCUCUCUUCAUCUGUUGGUUCCUUGAUUAUGUUUUAUAGGUGUAGUAGACGAGAUCCAGGUUAUAUAAAACGACCAGGAGACUUGGGUACUCUGAGCGAUUCAGAGGAUCCCUUGUUGAAUAUUGAGCUGAACAGUUCCUCUGUUUGGAUGGGAAACUGGUCGCAACUUUGCCCUACCUGCAAGAUAAUAAGACCUGUCCGAUCUAAGCAUUGCCCUACUUGUAAGCGUUGCGUGGAGCAGUUCGACCACCAUUGUCCGUGGAUAUCUAAUUGUGUUGGGAAGAGGAACAAAAGGGAUUUCUUUAUUUUAAUCUGCUUGGGAACUAUAACGUCUUCCGUCAGUGCCGCCGUCGCAGUUCAUAGAAUUUGGACAUCCUUACCAGCAUUACCAGCAGCAGGAGAAACAUGGAUUCAUCAGGUGUUAGUAAGAAAUCCAGGUCUUGUUGUAUUUUUGGUGAUGGACGCCGUUGUCGUCGUUGCAGCUACAACUUUGACAGUAACACAGGCUUCCAUGAUAGCACGGAAUGUGACCACAAACGAACUAGCAAAUUCCAUACGUUAUGAUUAUCUUCGUGGUCCUGAUGGGCAGUUCAGAAAUCCAUAUAAUCAUGGUUGGUGGAAGAACUGUGUUGAUUUUCUUUUUCUGGGCCACACAGAUGAUGAUGAUAUUGCCUGGCCUCCAUUACAGCAGGUGGCUAUAUAA